GAACGAAGCGAGUGAGAGAGAGGGGGGGGAGUUAAAACCGAAAGCCCCUCACUAAACAGCAAAAACGGAAGGCUUUGGAGUAUUCAAUUUUUUCUUUCGCUUUAUAUUUUUCCUUUUCCUCAUCGCGGCGCUGGGAGGCGCCUCCUCUUUCCACAGCGUCUCUCUGUCCCUCAUUUGCCUCCUCAUCUACUUCUCCAUCUACCUGCUCUAGAAUUGUCUCUCUUCAUGACGAGGGGAGCCCACUUUCCUCGCCGGCGCCAUCCUUUCCUCUCCUCCUCCUCCCUCACGCCAUUCCGCCAUUUCCACAACUCUCACCUCUUACCAACUCGGAUCCAAUUUCUUGCUUUAAAACUCCUUGAAUGACUUUUUUUUUCUUCUCUUUUGGCCCCGCCCACACCUGUUUACUUUGCACCACACUCUUGCAGGACUCUUAAAUGUCCCUCUAGACUGAAGAAGAGACCAUCCAGCCUGGAGUUGGACAAGAACUGAAGAUGGCUGGUUAGCAACGGACUUCUGCAGGCGAAGAGAACGUCCAAAAAGGAAGAGAGAAGGAGGGAAGAAGAAGAAGAGUGUGUGUAUAUAUAUAUAUACAUAUAUAUAUAGAUCCAUAUAUAUGUAUGUAUAUGUAUAUAUAGAAGUGCAGACUGGUUCUCAUCUUCUCAUCUCCACGGCAACUGCACAGACUUCUGGGAGGAGAGCUGGCAGAGUGUUGGAGCGGAGAAGAAGCCAAUGAAGCAACGUUGUUCAUGAUGCUCUCUUCCUCUUACCCGACACUUUUGACUCUCUUCUGGUUCACCUUUUAGAGCAACACCUUUUAUUUAUUUUGUGUCACAUUGACACAAACGCGAACCGCGUCCUCAAACUGAUACAACCAACCGGCGAUUCCUCUGCCGGGGACCCCCUCACCCCCCUUUUGUCGCCUCACCCUGCCGUCCUUCCUGCGAGUGACUUCCUGUGCCCGCCCGCCCUUCACCCGAGGCUAUGAGAGGAGGAGUCCAGUCCCAGCCGCUCACUCCAUCAUGCCAGCUGUGAAGAGCAGAGAGGAGAUCCGGGCUGGCGAUGUUCAAGUCACACACCUCCACCAUGCUUGUCAGCCUCCCCCCCGUCCCGUCUCGGGACACACCACCCCUCUCCACUUCCUCUCGCCCACGCCCACCCCCACAUCCCUGCUGGAGGCCGCUGCUGCCCCUCCUGCUUCUCUCCCUGCUCCUGCAGCCCGCCUGCGGGGCUCGCAGGGCCGGCGGUCCGGGCGCGGGGUCAGGAGGCGCCCACGGGGGGCCGGGCGGCCCCAAGCGAGGCGCGGCCGUCCCCCCUCAGUACUCCCCCGGACCCCAAGCGCUCCCGCCCAUCAGCCCCAAACUGGGCAGCUCCCUCAGCAUCGCCGUCAUCUUGGUCGGGAACUCUAGCGAAGUGGCGCUGGGGGCGGGGCUGGAGAAGGAGGACUUCCUGCACAUCCCCUACCCGCCCAAGGUGGAGGUGGUCACCAUGAACGAGACCGACCCAAAGAGCAUCAUCCACCAGAUCUGCACGCAGAUGAGCAGGAACUCGCUGCAGGGCGUGGUUUUCGGGGACGACACGGACCAGGAGGCCAUCGCUCAGAUCCUGGACUUCAUCUCGGCGCAGACUCACAUUCCCAUCCUGGGCAUCAGGGGAGGAUCCUCCAUGGUCAUGGCGGCCAAGGACGACAACUCCAUGUUUUUCCAGUUCGGUCCGUCCAUCGAGCAGCAGGCCUCCGUCAUGUUGAACAUCAUGGAGGAGUAUGACUGGUACAUCUUCUCCAUCGUCACCACCUACUACCCCGGCCACCAGGACUUUGUCAACAAGGUCCGCAGCACCAUCGACAACAGCUUUGUGGGCUGGGAGCUGGAAGAAGUCCUCCUGCUGGACAUGUCCGUGGACGACGGAGACUCCAAGAUCCAGAACCAGCUGAAGAAACUGCAGAGUCCGGUCAUCCUGCUCUACUGCACCAAGGAGGAGGCCGCCACUAUCUUCGAGGUGGCUCACUCCGUGGGCCUCACAGGGUACGGCUUCACCUGGAUCAUUCCCUCGCUGGUGGCCGGAGAUGUGGACAACGUGCCCGCCGUUUUCCCCACAGGGCUCAUCUCUGUGUCGUACGAUGAGUGGGAUUACAACAUCGAGGCCAGGGUGCGCGACGCCGUCGCCGUCAUCGCCACGGCAACAUCCACCAUGAUUCUGGACCGGGGGCCCCACACCUUGUUGAAGUCCAGCUGCGUCGGCACCUCCGACAAGAAGAGCGCCGGCACCGGCCACUCCAAAGAAAUACUCAGGUACAUCAUGAACGUGACAUUUGAAGGCCGUAACCUGUCCUUCAGCGAGGAAGGCCACCAGAUCUUCCCCAAACUGGUCAUCAUCCUUUUGGACAAGGACAGACAAUGGGACAAGGUGGGCAAGUGGGAGAGGGGCUCACUGGCCAUGAAGUACCACGUGUGGCCUCGAUUCGAGAUCUUCACCCCGGCGGAGGAUCACGAGGACCACCUGUCCAUCGUCACGCUGGAGGAGGCGCCCUUCGUCAUCGUGGAGGACGUGGACCCGCUGAGCGGCACCUGCAUGAGGAACACCGUGCCGUGCCGGAAACAACUCAAACUCAGCAACCAAACGGUCGACUCGGGCAUCUACAUCAAGCGCUGCUGCAAAGGCUUCUGCAUCGAUAUCCUGAAGAAGAUCGCCAAGUCGGUGAAGUUCACCUACGACCUCUACCUGGUCACCAACGGCAAACACGGCAAGAAGGUCAACGGGACCUGGAACGGCAUGGUGGGGGAGGUGGUGCUGAAGAACGCUCACAUGGCAGUUGGCUCGCUCACCAUCAACGAGGAGAGGUCGGAGGUCAUCGACUUCUCGGUGCCGUUCAUCGAGACGGGCAUCAGCGUCAUGGUGUCCCGCAGCAACGGCACCGUGUCACCCUCCGCCUUCUUAGAGCCCUUCAGCGCCGACGUGUGGGUGAUGAUGUUCGUCAUGCUGCUGAUUGUGUCCGCCGUGGCCGUCUUCGUGUUCGAGUACUUUAGCCCGGUGGGUUACAACCGCUGCCUGGCGGACGGCAGAGAGCCCGGCGGUCCCUCCUUCACCAUCGGAAAGGCCAUCUGGCUGCUGUGGGGUCUGGUCUUCAACAACUCCGUCCCCGUGCAGAAUCCCAAAGGUACCACCAGCAAGAUCAUGGUGUCCGUCUGGGCCUUCUUCGCCGUCAUCUUCCUGGCGUCCUACACUGCCAACCUUGCAGCCUUCAUGAUCCAGGAGGAGUACGUGGACCAGGUGUCGGGCCUGUCAGACAAAAAGUUCCAGAAGCCUAACGAGUUCUCGCCGCCGUUCCGCUUUGGCACGGUGCCCAAUGGGAGCACAGAACGCAACAUCCGUAACAACUACCGGGACAUGCACGCCUAUAUGACCAGCUUCCACCAGAAGAACGUGGACGAGGCCCUGCACAGUCUCAAGUCCGGCAAACUGGACGCCUUCAUCUAUGAUGCCGCGGUGCUCAACUACAUGGCGGGCAGGGACGAGGGCUGCAAGCUGGUCACCAUCGGCAGCGGUAAAGUGUUUGCCUCCACGGGCUACGGUAUCGCCAUCCAGAAGGACUCGGGCUGGAAACGAGCUGUGGACCUGGCUAUCCUCAUGCUGUUUGGAGACGGUGAGAUGGAGGAGUUUGAGGCCUUAUGGCUGACAGGUAUCUGCCACAACGAAAAGAACGAGGUGAUGAGCAGUCAGCUGGAUGUGGACAACAUGGCGGGGGUCUUCUACAUGCUGGCGGCGGCCAUGGUUCUGUCAUUGAUCACCUUCAUCUGUGAACACUUGUUCUACUGGCAGCUGCGCUUCUGCUUCAUGGGCGUGUGUUCUGGCACGCCUGGCUUUACCUUCUCCAUAAGCAGGGGUAUCUACAGCUGUAUCCACGGAGUCCAAAUUGAAGAAAACAAGUCCACCCUAGACUCUCCUUCAUCGAGCAUAAAGAAGAACAUGAACAACACCCACUCGAACAUCUUGCGGUUGCUCCGCACUGCCAAAGACAUGACUGCAGUCCCGGGCAUUAAUGGUUCGCCGCACGCGGCCCUGGAAUACAACCAUAGCGGUCGUGAAUCGGCUAUUUAUGACAUUCAGGAGCAUCGGCGCAGUCUCGCGGGGCACCCUGCAGACUGUAAGUCCGCACCGCCCUACUUGCAAGAGGACAACAUGUUCACUGACUACAUCAGCGAGGUGGAAAGAACUUUUGGGAACUUACCCUUGAAGGACAACAACUUGUACCAGGACCCUUACCGACACCACCACCCAGUCUCGGCUUUGGGUAUGUCCGGCCCCCCACCUAAUAGGCCGCGUAGCUUAGGCAGCGCUAGCUCGUUGGAAGGGGGCAUGUUCGAUUGCGAAAGUCUGGGGGGAGGAGUAGCACCCAUCUUUACCACACAGCCCCGCCCCUCCAUGACUCACAAGAAUACCAAUAAGUUUGACCUGAUUGCAGGUCACCCAUCUGCAGAUUCCAACCAGGUUGGGUUCAAGGGAAGCAAUGUGUAUGGGAGGUUUUCAUUCAAAGGAGGCGCAUCCAGCACAGGGCUCAUCGGGGGUCCCGAGAGGUACUGUGGGGGAGGUGGGGGCGGGGGAGUCUCAGGGGGCGAUGAUGGAAACAUUCGCUCUGACGCGUCGGAUAUCUCCACUCACACCGUCACUUACGGCAACUUGGAGGGCAACGCCAAGCGGCAUAAACAGUACAGGGACAGCCUGAAAAAGAGGCCGGCCUCGGCCAAAUGCAGACGGGAGCAGGACGAGGUAGAGCUGAGCGGCUUCAGGAGGAGGCCCCACCACCACACCGUUCACCACCACUUCCCGCACGGACCCCUGGCGCACCGCACUGUCUCACCUUCACUGGAGCGGAAGCGAGUUGGGGGUAACUCACCUUAUUUAUUCCGCAAAGACAAAGAGAACUUGAGGGAAUUCUACGCGGACCAAUUCCGCUCUAAGGAGGGCCAGUGGGAGCAGGAGGGUGGAAGUGGAGGAAGUGGUGUGGGUGUCGGUAGUGGUGGUGGUAUCUGUAAAAGCUUAGUUCCGGUUGAAGAUUUUCUCAAAGGUAAAGUAAAGAAGCAGGAGUCUAAAGGUGGGUCAGUGUCAGCAGGUCAGCAGGCCCACACCUGCUGGGAGAAAGCAGUUUCUGGACUCGGAGGAGGCGGCAUAGCAGGAGGUGACUGGGAGUGUCGUAACUGCCACAGCGUGUGUCACCACGCUGGAGGGGUAGGAAGCAUGUGUCCAGCUAGCGGGGUCGGGGGGACCUGCAGUCGCCCUAGCUCUGCCAGUUGCAAACGCUGUGACUCGUGUAAGAUUCAGCCCAGCAACCUUUACAACAUCAGCGAGGACAACAACAUAAUGUUCUCUGGAGGGAAGAGUAACAUAGGUGGGGGUCAGACACAAACUCAGGCACAGCGCAGGAAGCUCGGGCCAGGUGGGAGGGUCUUAAGGAGACAGCACUCUUAUGACACAUUUGUGGACCUGCAGAGAGAGGGUUCAGGUCGUAAGGGAGGGGUAGGCGGGGGUGCCGGGGGCCAGUUUGCCCAGCCCCGAAGCGUUAGCCUGAAAGACAAAGACCGAUCCAUGGAGGGCCCCAGUCCUUACGCUCAUAUGUUUGAGAGGUACGCAGGGGAAAGGGAGUCUUCCAUGUUCGGAGGGAUAGGCGGAGACAGGGCAAAAGGAGGCUCUUCCUUUAGUUUGUUUCGUGGUGGCGAAGGUGGGUUGCAUCGGCGCUCGGUGGGCGAACGAGACCUAAGAGACAGGGAUAGGGCAAUGAUGGGAGGUAGCAGAGGCACCGGGACUUACUCCUUGUCUAAAUCUCUCUACCCAGAUAAGGUGAACCAGAACCCCUUCAUCCCAACCUUCGGCGAUGACCAGUGUCUUUUACACGGUGCCAAACCGUACUACAUGAAAAAGCCACAGACGCAGCAACAACAGCAGCAGCAGCUACUCAACAACAGCCGAGGAGGAGGGGACUUCCGGGGCCCCAUGGGCGCCGCUUCCUAUUUGCCCGCCUCGGCCACGGCCGGGGUUAUGUCCAACGUAUCCCCGAGGUUCCCCAAAGAUCUGUGCCUGGGCGGGAUGGGCAACCACCUGGGAGCCAACAAGCUCAUGCCCGGGGGCCGGGACACGUUAGGUUUGGGGCCGAGAUCUUUCAACGGUGCCAGCAACGGACACGUCUACGAAAAGCUCUCCAGCAUAGAGUCGGACGUCUGAGAGAAGAAGUGACCAAGACGAGAAAUGAGAAAGACAUUCCUUGAAGAAAAACAGGGCUAUGUCCUCCUGGCGCAAAGAGACGGUGAAGACACCGGUGGGGUUUGGUGUCACGCCACUGAACGGAAAACUUUGACCGGGUCCGGCCAGUGGACGGCAAGUUUAUUUUUCUUACCAAGGAGGAUUGUGGUGCUGGGAAAGAGGUAGGGACGGACCGGGCUCUCGUUACAAGCUCUUUGUUCCAAAUCCCGUUUUCUCCCGUUAGGGUAAUACAAUCAACACUGCUGAAGUAACAGGGUAAAUGAGUGUCAAUAUUAUAAUUACUCAAGUGCUUCGAGAUGAUUGAUUUCUCAAUAUGAUUUAGUCGUGUUUGUGCGAUGCUAAUUGUUUCUUUGCUCACCCAUUUGACGGGAGACUCGUGGACCACCUCUUAUUAUUUAGGGACUUCUGUCAUUUUGGGUUCUUCUUUGCAAUUAUUCUAUCUUCACGUUUGAUUCAUUUCUUUUUUUACUUUUUCAACGUUUGGAGUGUCGUGAUGUGUACGUGACAAAAAGGCAUGACUUGCUGAGUACAAGGUACUUAAUGGCGUACUUUUUCAAAGGUCUUUUUUCGGCUGCACGAGCGUCGUGGUCACACCGAUUCGCCCUACCUUCUCGUUGAUUUCUGGGGGUGGGUUUGUUUUUUUCCCCUCACAUUUCAAGCUGGAUGUGCCUUAAGGAAUUAGCGCUUCACCUGCAGCCAGUUUGUUCCAAUGUCAGGGCGAAACAUCUGCCGGAGUUUUCCUCAGAGGGAGUUAAAAACAAAUGUCCAGGAAAUCCGGAUUCAAUUGAGAAAGCGAGAGAUAGACAGGAAGCUCUGAUUUUGUUUUUCACAAUAAAACAGUUCAGCCACCGUGCCACUGCUGUAACAACUUCCUCGUUACAAAGUGACGUCUCUAAAACUCACCUGGGCAUAAACGAUCAGCUGCUUGUUGCUUUUUAUUGCUUUUUUACUCGAUUGGCCGUCUGGCACUCGUUAAUUUUUUUCCGUUGUUAAGGAAUGUUGAAUAUGCAAUGUCUGUCGUGUUAGGGGUCACAUUCCAGUGCACAAAUGAUAACGUUUAUAUCAGGGCUGUCGUGACUGAGCCAUAACGACCGUUAAUAUUUCAUUUUCUUCACAACGCGGCUCUCAUGUUAUCUGCUAUUUUAAAGAAAAGCUUCCCAUUUUUGAGCAAUGGAAACACACACGAGCAGAGUUUUAACAGGGGUGUCCAAAGUACGGCCCUACGGCCAUCUGAUAAACAGUAGUGGGUUGUUCAUGUAAUAUAUAAAUGGUUAGCUGUUCAGUUACAGAAGUAACUCAAGUCAGCAGCCAUUACUUGUACAUUAAUGUGAAUACAUGCCCAGCAUUCACCAAUAUGAACCAAUCCAAACAACCUUCCCUGGUCAUGGUGCUGGAAAAAAAAAUUCCACCGGCGCAAAAAUUCAACAAACAUGUUCACACACAGCACGACCACCUCAUUGAACUUUUUGGGAUUAUUAAAAACAUCUAAUCAGCAUUGAAAAAUCUAAAUUACACCAAUUUAAAUCAAUUACAAGGGAUGAUGGGAAGUAUGCAAAACACUCUCUAGACUUAUUCAUGUUAGUAGCUCAAGCCAUUAAUGUACAUCAAUACAUUCGCAUGCACAGCAUUCACUUAUAUAACCCAAUCUAAACAACCUUCCCUAGUCAUGUUGCUGGGAAAACAAUAUUUCCACCAGCACAAAAAUUCAUUGUCACACACAGUACAACCUGCUCAUUGAACUUUUUGAAAUUAUAAAAAAACAUCCAAUGGGCAUAGAAAAAUGUCAAUUACACCUAUCCAUCCCACCAUCCAUCCAUCCAUCCAUUUUCUACCGCUUUUUCCUUUCAGGGUCGCGGGGGGCGUUGGAGCCUAUCUCAGCUACAAUUGGGCAGAAGGUGGUGUACACCCUGGACAAGUCGCCACCACAUCACAGGGCCAACACAGAUAGACAGACAACAUUCACACUCACAUUCACACAAUAGAGACCAUUUAGUGUAAUAAAUUACACCUAUUUAAAUAAAGCACAAGGGAUGAUGGGGAAAUAUCCAAAACAAUCUCGACACUUUUUCAUGUUAGUAACUCAAGUUACUGGCCAGUUUUGUACAUUAAUAAAUUCACAUGCACAGCAUUCACCUAUAUGACCGAAUCCAAACAACCUUCCCUAGACAUGAUGCUGGAGAGAAAAAAAUCCACCAGCACAAAAAUUCAACAAACACGGUCACGCACAGUACAUCCUGCUAAUAAAACUUUGUGGAUCAUUAAAAAGGUCCAAUCGGCAUUUAAAACAUCUUAAAUUACACCCAUUUAAAUCAAUUACAAGGCAUGAUGGUAAAUAUGCAAAAGACCCUCCACACUUAUCCUUGUUUGUAACAGAAGUUACUGGCCAUUAUUGUACAUAAAAAAAAUCACAUACACAGAAUUAACCCAUAUGACCCAAUCUAAACAACCUUCCCUAGUCAUGGUGCAGAAAAAAAAAUCCACCAGCACAAAAAUUCAACAGACAUGGUGACACACAGCAGAACUUGCUAAUUGAACUUUGUGGAUUAUUAAAAAUGUCCCAUCAGUAUUGAAAACAUAUCAAUUACACCCAUUUAAGUCCAAUACAAGGGAUGAUGGGAAAUAUGCAAAACACUGUCUACACAUAUUCAAGUUGGUAACUCAAGUUACUUGCAAUUAUUGUACAUCAACAAAUUCACAUGCACGGCAUUAGUUAUAUGACCAAUUCUAAACAACCUUCCCUAGUCAUGGUGCUGGAAAAGAAUUCCACAAGCACAAAAAUUCUACAGACAUGGUCACACACAAUACAAUCUACUUAUUGAACUUUUUUGGAUCAUUAAAAACGUCCAAUCAGCAUAGAAAAAUCUAAAGUACACCCAUUUAAAUCAAUUACAGGAGAUGAUGGGAAAUAUGCAAAACACUGUAUACACUUCUUAGUAACUCAAGCUACUGGCCAUAAUUGUACAUCAAUAAAUUCACAUGCACAACAUUUACUUAUAUGACCCAAUCCAAACAAUCUUCCAUAGUCAUGGUACAGGAAAAAAAAAAUCCACCAG